AUGGGAACCCCACAAUACCGUCGAGAAAAUAUUCUGAAUGAGAUACUCACCGACUGUGGUAAGUAUUUCGACAAUGUUGUGCGUGGUGAAACUGCGGGCGAAGGGGAAGAGGAGGACAACUUGGACCAGCAUGGGCCUGUCGCAGAGGACACAGGGCCCCCGCCAGAUAUUGAUGCGGAACUAGUCGCUGUAGGGGCGAUGGUUUCUGACGGCGUUCGAAUCCGUCUGGCCAACGAGCGUCAGAGCGUAACGGAUGGGGAGCGUCGGCUGAUGAAUACAGACGAACCACACGUUCGGAGAGAAAGUGCGCGAGAGAUCUUGCGUGGAAUGAGGGAGGCGCAGCAGAGGGCAGCAGAUGCCAAAAUUCAGCUUAGUGGAUCGGAGGCCAUACAGCACAGGGGGGAGGGGGAGAGCACGGAUGAGCUUGCAAUGGCUUUACAGGCACUGCAUCUCCCCGUGGAGAAUGAUGAACAAGAUCAGGGGCAUAGGGCGGAAUGCGAAAAUAGGUUAGUGUAUCAGAGGCGUGCGGCACGAACAAAGAAGUAUGAUCAGGGGCGGGAAGCACGCGAGGAGGUGGACGAGAGUAUGAGGGAGGAACAGGAGCAUAUCGGGGAGGAGGAAGAAUGCAAGAGGGAGGAGAGGAAGGUGGAGCGCGAAAAAGAGGAGAAGUGGCAGAGGGAGGAGGAAGAGCGGAAGAGGGAGGAGGCGAGGAAGAUGGAUCGCGAAAAAGAGGAGAAGCGGCAGAGGGAGGAGGAAGAGCGGAAGAGGGAGGAGGCGAGGAAGGUGGAGCGUGAAAAGGAGGAGAAGCGGCAGAGGGAGGAGGAAGGGCGAAAGAGAGAGGAGACGAGGAAGGUGGAGAGCGAAAAGGAGGAACAGGAGUGGAAGAGACUGGAGGCCAAGGAGCGCAAAACGCGAGGAAAGGAGGCGAGGGAGAAGGACGAGCAAAAGCGAAAGAGGCUGGAGGCCGGGGGGCGAGAAGCGCUUGAAAGGGAGGAGGCGCGGCAGAGGCAAGAACGGGAAUUGCAGGCGCCAUUCAGAGGCGUGAGGAGGUUCCUGUAUGUGGCGCUGGGCAUGGCUGCUGACAUCGCCACCGUCAUCACCAUCCCUCGGUUCAUCCUGGCCGUCCAAGGAGGGCUGGACGCCCCAGAUCUGCUCACCACUGGUGGCAAACUAGCCAUUGACCUGGGAGGUGAGGGUGCCAUGGAAGGGAAGAGGGCAGGGAAAGUGGUUGGGGGUGAGCUGCUCGUUUUCAUGGAGCUGAGUCUCUGCUGGCUUAUAUGUGCUCGUUUCUCUCCCCUUUUCUGCCUUCUGUCGUCUCCCAUUUUCCUCUCAUCCCCACCUACAGGUGGGACGGCAAUGGUGGGUCUGUACCUGUGGGAGCAGCGGCGAGAGGAGGAGCACAUGGUGCGCCUCUCAUUUCCCCCUUUUCCUCCCUUCUCCCACCUCCCCCCUUGCUCCCAUUGCUUCCGCAUCAGGCGGGGUGGCGAUGGUGGGGCUGUAUCUGUGGGAGCAGCGGCGAGAGGAGGAGCAGAUGGGGUGCGUGUCCCGCGAUGA